AUGCUGCUUCGACUGUGUACACGCCCCCCUCAAGGCCCGGCUAGGCUUGCCAGAGCCUACGCAUCUCUUGCCACGUCAAAAGCCCAGCUGAGUCGACUUGAACCAAACCAUGUCGUUGACUUGAGUCGAUUUCAAAAGAAGGUGGCAGAGGUUCGCAGAAGGUUAAAUCGGCCUCUGGCAUAUUCUGAGAAAGUUUUGUACAGCCACCUCGACGAUGACUUCGACGGACCAAUCACUCGUGGGAAAUCACAGUUGAAACUUCGACCAAUUCGCAUCGCUUGUCAAGACGCAACUGCCCAAAUGGCUCUCAUCCAGUUCAUGUCCGCGUGUCUCGAAUCUUCUGCCGUUCCGACCACCGUGCAUUGUGACCAUCUGAUCGUCAGUCGAGAUGGCGAAGCCCAGGAUUUACCGCGCGCAAUUGAGGCCCAUCGAGAAGUCUACGACUUUAUGGAGAGUGCUUGCCAGAAGUACAACAUGGGUUUCUGGAAGCCAGGCGCCGGUAUCAUUCAUCAGAUCGUACUGGAAAACUAUGCGUUCCCCGGUGGAAUGAUGGUUGGUACAGACUCACAUACGCCCAAUGCUGGCGGUAUGGGUAUGAUUGCUAUUGGUGUCGGCGGCGCUGAUGCAGUUGACGUGAUGGCCGGAUUGCCGCUUGAGUUGACCGCGCCUAAAGUGUUGGGUGUGCGCCUCACUGGUCAGCUAUCCCCGUGGGCGGCGCCCAAAGAUAUCAUUAGUACCGUUGCCGGAAUGAUCUCCGUGAAAGGUGGAACUGGUUCAAUUAUUGAAUACUUUGGACCUGGUGUGCAGAGACUAUCUGCUACUGGUAUGGCGACGGUCUGCAACAUGGGAGCUGAAACAGGCGCAACCACUUCUAUAUUCCCCUACACUCCUCAGAUGUCAUUAUAUCUGCAUGCGAACCGUCGCGCGGAUAUGGCCAGGGCUGUGGAAAGCGUGUCCUCGGAACUCUGUGCGGACGAAGGGGUGAAAUAUGACAAUGUCAUGGAGAUCGACCUGUCUGCCCUUGAGCCUCGCAUCAAUGGCCCAUUCACGCCCGAUUUCUCUACGCCUGUUUCAGAAUUCAAGUCAGCUGUCGAGAGCAAUGAGUGGCCACCUGAAUUAACUGCAGGUCUGAUCGGAUCCUGCACGAAUUCUUCCUUCGAAGAUAUGGGACGUGCUGCCAGUUUGGCGCAACAAGCUCUUGACGCAGGGCUGAAGCCACAGAUGCCAUUGCUCAUCUCUCCCGGCAGUUUACAAACUCGUGACACACUUAAGGAAGCCGGUAUUCUCCAAGUCUUCGAGAAGUUGGGAGCUACCAUGUUGCCCAAUGCGUGUGGACCAUGCUGCGGCUCCUGGGAUAGAGCUGACGUACCAAAGGGAACUCCAAACUCGAUUAUCACAUCAUACAACCGCAACUUCUCCGGUCGUCUGGAUUCCAAUCCUGCCACAAAUAUCUUCCUCACUUCCCCAGAGAUGGUGAUGAGUAAGAUCUUCUCCCCAGAUCUCUCAUUCAAUCCUACUGUUGAUUCCCUCACAACUCCCUCCGGUGAAAAGUUCACAUUCUCGCCACCAACCGCCCAAUUUCUUCCAAGCAAGGGCUAUCUGGAUUCUGAUACCGGGUACACCGCGCCACCGAACGGAGAUCGCAGCGAGCUUGAAAUUCAGAUUGAUCCAUCAUCGCUGCGCUUACAGCGAUUGGAGCCUUUUGACCCAUGGGCAGGUGAGGACUUCAACGAUUGUCUGAUCCUGAUCAAGACCAAGGGCAAAUGUACCACGGACCAUAUCACUCCUGCCGGUCCAUGGUUCCGCUACCGCGGCCAUCUCGAGAAUAUCUCCAACAACACAUUGAUCGGAGCGGUCAAUGCCGAGACGGACGCUGUGAAUAAUGUGCAGAACCAACUCACAAAUGAGAACGGCGACGUACCAGGCACAGCCCGCGACUACAAGUCCAAGGGCCGCCCGUGGGUAGUGAUUGCCGACCACAACUAUGGCGAGGGCUCUUCCCGAGAGCACGCUGCUUUGCAACCUCGAUACCUAGGAGGAGUUGCCAUCAUUGCUAAGAGCUUUGCUCGUAUCCACGAAGCGAAUCUCAAGAAACAGGGCAUGCUCGCUUUGACUUUUGCAAACGAGGCUGACUAUGAUCGAAUUCAUGCAUCGGAUCGCAUCAGCAUCGUCGAACUCGCAAGCCUGGCUCCUGGAAAAUCAGUAUCUUUGGAGAUCAAGCCCUCGACGGGGGAGAGCUGGCGCACUGAGCUUCUGCACACAUUCACAGCGGAGCAGAUUGAAUACUUCAGGGAGGGAAGUGCGUUGAAUUUGAUGGCUAAGAAACGCUAUUAA